AUGAAGGUCAAGUUUUUCAAAAAUUGUUGCAUGAGAGUUCAUUUUCUCAAAUUUCCUAUUGGCAUAUGGGUUACAUCACAACAUAAGUCACACUCACACAUACCAAAAGAUGUUCCAAAAGGACACAUAGUUGUCUAUGUGGGCGAGGAUUGCAAGAGAUUUGUCAUCAAAGUCAGCACACUCAAAUAUCCACCAUUCAUGGCUUUGUUGGAUCAUGCAGAGGAUGUGUUUGGAUUCUGCAAUGGUUCUAAACUUGUCAUUCCUUGCAAUGAGAACAUUUUCCUUAACAUUCUUCGUAAUAUUGGUGGUCCUGUUUAG